ACCCAAAAAAAUCACACACACACACACAUGAAGUGUGAGUGGAUGUUUUUAGUGGCGAUUGUGGAAAAAAAAAAGUAGGACCCGGAAGCAGAUGCAGGACUAGGUUUGUUUCGAGCUGUGCCUAUGGGAUUGAAGUCGGGAAUGGAAGAUGAAAGUGUCAGAGAUGGGGAAGACAUGCUUCCGUCCAGCGAGGAUGAAGAUGCGGCAGGGGACAGGCGGGCGAUGGAACGUGGUCCGGAUGGAACCGGAAUGGAGAAUGUUGCAGCCGCCCGGCAGGACAACGGGGAGCGUUCCACCCGCCUCGCGCCCGCUCCCGGGCUCCCGCCAGCCGCCGAACAGCCGCUCUCGGAGCGCUCCCAGCACGUUUACUGCACUGUGUACUGUGUGGAGAACGAGAAUUACCAGAGCUCGGAGCUGGAAGGCGAGACGGGGGAACGGCUCCACGAGCCCUCUGACUCGGGCCGAGCCACACCGACUGCUCUCAGAGGGCACUCAGAUCGGGAUGUCACCCCGUCCCCGACACCGGCGAGUUUAGGACCUUCCACUGGGGAACCUUUUAAUAUCUCCCGGCAGAUCGACAUGAAUUCGGUGGGAGCCCUUUAUCCCGGAGAAUAUAAACAUUUUAUUAUUUUGACCUGUCGAGUUUGCCUUGAUGACAAAUCCAUCCGACCACUUCCAUGUUGCAAGAAGGCUGUGUGCGAGGAGUGUUUGAAGAGAUACCUUAGUAAUCAGGUGCAGCUGGGAAGAGCAGAGAUAAAAUGCCCCAUUACAGAAUGCAGCAAAUACCUGGAGGAAAGCACUGUCAUCUCCAAUCUGCCUCGUGACGAUAUUGUCAAGUACAGCUACUUCCUGGAGCUCAGCAGGGUGGAUUCGAGCACCAAACCAUGCCCUCAGUGCAAGCAUUUCACUACUUUCAGACGGAAGAGCAACCUUCCAACCCCUACAAAAUCAGAGAACAAGUUCAAAAUUCAGUGUCCAGUGUGCCAAUUUGUUUGGUGUUUUAAGUGCCACGCCCCUUGGCAUGAAGGCUUAAACUGUAAGGAAUACAGAAAGGGAGAUAAACUGUUACGUCACUGGGCCAGUGAGAUUGAGCAUGGGCAAAGAAAUGCUCAGAAAUGCCCAAAGUGCAAGAUUCAUAUCCAGAGGACAGAAGGCUGCGAUCACAUGAACUGCUCACAGUGCAACACUAACUUUUGCUACCGCUGUGGGGAGACAUAUCGGCAGCUUCGCUUCUUUGGUGACCAUACUUCAAACCUAAGUAUUUUUGGAUGCAAGUAUCGCUACCUCCCUGACAGACCACAUUUACGAAGAUUAGUCCGGGGUUCUGUCUGCGCUGGAAAGUUGCUUCUUGUUCCCUUGAUGCUGGUGUUGGUGGUGGUACUAGGAGCCAUAACAUUUGUAGUAGGCUUGUUUAUCUUUCCUAUCUAUUACAUUUGUAAGAAGCAGAGGAAAAGGUCACAGACUGGGAUGUUUACAUAAAA